AAACUUGGAAGAAUAAAAAAUCUUAGAAUCAAUGUCGAUACAAAACUUUAGGAAACAUUUCGAGUUAGCAAGCAAAGAAGCUAUAAGAUGGUUCCCAGGUCAUAUGGGUAAAGGUAUGAAAAUAAUGCAACAGAAGUUAAAAACAGUCGAUCUGUUAAUUGAAGUGCACGAUGCUAGAAUUCCUUUUUCGGGAAGAAAUAUCAACUUCCAUGAUACUUUAACCGCUGCUAAACCCACAAUCAUGGUUUUGAGCAAAAAAGAUCUUAUAGAAAAGGAAUAUCAUCGAAGAAUUGUUGAGAAAAUUCAAAACGAUCCCCAAUUUCCGAUUGAAAAUGUUUUUCUCGCAAAUGCUAAAGAUCCUUCUUGUGAUGGACUGAAAAAAAUCAUACCAAGAGCGAUAAAAAUGAUACAAAACUCAAACAGAUUUAAUAGAGCAGAGGAAAAAGAAAGAAACAUAAUGAUUAUUGGCGUCCCUAACGUCGGCAAAUCAUCUCUUAUCAAUGUCCUUAGGAAUCGCCAUUUAAAUAAAAAAGGCGCAUCAGCUGUUGGAGCUGUUGCUGGAAUCACAAGAAGCGUUCUCACCCAAAUUAAAAUUUGUGAAGAUCCUUUGAUUAAAAUUCUCGACACUCCUGGUGUACUCAUGCCGAAUAUAAAAAAUGUAGAAAUGGGAAUGAAAUUAGCUUUAUGUUCAUGCUUUCAAGAUCACUUAGUUGGUGAGGAUGUUAUUGCUGAUUAUCUUCUUUAUUGGUUGAACAAACAUAAAAGAUUUCACUACGUUGAUAUAAUGGGACUGGAUCAACCUACUGAUGACAUAACGCAUGUUUUGUUUGCAGGCGCUCAAAAGUUAGGAGCAACUUUAAGAAUGCAUAGCAUUGCUAGUGGAACAAUGGAAGUGAGACCUAAUUUAAGAAGUGCAGCAAAAUAUUUCGUUAAUUCAUUUAGAAAAGGACAGUUAGGGAAAUUAUGUUUGGACGAACUUGAUUAAACUUUAUUUAAACAAUAAAAUAUUUUUUAUUAGAAAGAUUUUUCAUUUUUUUCUACUGUUC